AGUGCCCUGUACUUGUGUCAUAUAGAAAAUGUGAAUGAACUAGCUAAGCUUGUUAGUUUCUCAUCAUCAAUUACGUAGUCUCCUUCCUCUUGUCAAAUCCUAUUAAAACCCCACUACUACCCCAAAAAUAGCCACUCCAUUCUCGCUGCAGAUAUUUCUUUCCUUCUUUCAUUCAACAACGGCAGUAGCAUCUACGGCUCGAGAAGAGUAGAUGGCAGAGUUUAUAGGAAAGGUCUCAGCCUCAGUUGCGAAAGAAGAGCUUUCUGUCAAGGAUAAUCAAGGAACGAUUACGGAUAAGGAUGAAAAUACUAGUGCAAAAUCACCAUUGAUGAAACUCAAGCACUGGCAGUGGUGGCUGUUGGUGGCAAUCAACAUUUUCUUCCUUGUUGUAGGCCAAUCUGCUGCUGUUCUUCUGGGUAGAUUUUAUUAUGACGAAGGUGGAAACAGUACAUGGAUGGCAACCCUUGUUCAGACUGUUGCCUUCCCAAUUCUUUACAUCCCUCUCUUUUUACUUUCUCGCUCUCAAAAGCCUUCAACCUCUUCCACCUCGCCAUCCAUCAGAACUCUUGCUUUGAUCUACUUCUUUCUUGGAGCACUUAUAGCUGGUGAUAACAUGCUGUAUUCUAAGGGGUUGUUGUAUCUGUCUGCCUCUACUUAUUCUCUUAUUUGUGCAUCCCAAUUGGCUUUCAACGCUGUUUUCUCAUACUUCAUCAAUUCUCAGAAGUUCACUUCUUUAAUCCUUAACUCUGUAGUUGUUCUUUCAUUUUCUGCGGCCAUUAUUGCAGUUAAUGAUGACUCAGAUGGGCCGUCAGGAGUCUCUAAGUGGAAAUACAUCAUCGGAUUCCUUUGUACUCUUGGUGCUUCAGCAAUGUACUCUCUUUUGCUUUCACUUAUGCAAUUGUCCUUCCAAAAGAUCAUUAAAAAGGAAACAUUUUCUGUGGUAUUAGAAAUGCAAAUUUACACAUCAUUUGUUGCCAGUUGUGUUUCCAUUAUUGGUCUUUUUGCUAGUGGGGAAUGGAAGGCUUUGCAUGGAGAAAUGGAGGGUUUUGGUCACGGAAGAGUGUCUUACAUUAUGACAUUGCUUUGGACGGCAGUGAGUUGGCAGGUCUGUUCUGUUGGUGUUGUAGGAUUGAUUUUAUUGGUAUCUUCCCUGUUCUCCAAUGUUAUAAGUACUCUUGCCUUGGCUGUAUCACCUAUUGCUGCUGUCUUGGUUUUCCAUGACAAGAUAAAUGGUCUGAGGGCAAUUGCAUUGCUUCUGGCUUUUUGGGGUUUUGGCUGUUAUACCUACCAGAAUUAUCUUGAUGAUUCUCAGGUGAAGAGAGCACAACAUGAUCCUAAUGAAGCCAAUCGCGAAACUGAAUUGGUGUGAAGAUUAUUAGUUUUGUUAAGGCCCGUUUUAUUACCAGAUGAGUCAGGUUUUUAUGCCUAAUUAUGGUAUAGAGAAUCCUAACAACAGCCUCACACGUAUUGGUUAGAAGUUUUUUUUUUUUAAAUUCAUAAAAAACCAAGAAAAAUAAAAAGUUUUAGUUAGUUAUAAGCAUAAAAGAUUAGUUUAAAUUUUUGUUUUGCCAUUUUUUAAGCAUGGAAUUUUAGUUAGAGUUUAUUGAAAUUAUACUUAAGAUAGAUCUCUUGUAAAAAUAGGUUUUAUUUAUUACGGUAUAAUUUUAAUUUUAGAGAA